AACCGGAACCGCAGGAUGGCUGCGGAGCAGUUCAAGAAGACCAGUUUACACGUGGCCAAGAGUGUCCUGAACAACAAACACAUCGUCAAGAUGCUGGAAAAAUACCUCAAGGCGAAGAGGAAAAGAAGCGCCUUUGGCUCCUUGUUGUUCCCUGGGAAUGCGGGAACAGCCCCGGAUCCGGCAGGAGGCCCCGUGUCUGCAGGCAGGGGCAGCAGGUGCCCGCGUGUCCCCCCAUUCCGGGGGAGCGGCCGAUCCCCUUCCCGGGGCGCGGCUCGGCUUCGGCCCCAUCCCGGCCGGAGCCGGAUCCCAAAAACAGGGAAAAACUGCGACUCCAACCUCGGGGGCCAGGGAAAAGGGAUGUUGAGCGCGGAGUUGGCCAGGUAGGAUGGCCCUGUCCUGGUAUCCUGGCAUAGGAUGGCAAUAUUCCCGUUAUCCUGGCGUAGGAUGGCCAUGUCCCCAUUAUCCUGGCAUAGGAUGGCCAUGUUCCCAUUAUCCUGGCAUAGGAUGGCCAUGUUCCCGUUAUCCUGGCAUAGGAUGGCCAUGUUCCCAUUAUCCUGGCAUAGGAUGGCCCUGUCCUGGUUUCCUGGCAUAGGAUGGCCCUGUCCUGUUAUCUUGGCAUAGGAUGGCCAUGUUCCCAUUAUCCUGGCAUAGGAUGGCCAUGUCCCCGUUAUCCUGAUGUGGGAUGGCCCUGUCCCUGUUAUCCCAGUGUAGGAUGGCAAUGUUCCCAUUAUCCUGGCAUAGGAUGGCAAUAUUCCCAUUAUCCUGGCAUAGGAUGGCCCUGUCCUAUUAUCCUGGCAUAGGAUGGCCAUGUUCCCAUUAUCCUGGC